AUGCAUUAGUAACCAAGACUAUCUCCAGUUUCAUCCAGUCCAUUGCAUCAAAAUUAAAUCAUUACUUGUAACACAUUUAAUUAAUUUUAGAACAAAUAAAUAGAUAAUAAUGUUACUAAUAGACAAUAUCCAAUUCCAAAAUUUCAUAAACUAAAAAUAAAAUUUGUAAAUAUUUGAUUUAAUGUUGUUAGUUUAAGAUUCUUAAUUGUAAUUAAAAGAAAGAGAUAAUCUAAUUAAAUAAUAAUUAUUCUCUAAAGGAUUGAAAUAAUAACAACAAAAUGAUUUAUAAAGUAAAUCAAACAGUAUAUAAAUUUCAUAAACUAAUUAAAAUACUAAUUCAAAUCUAAACUUAUUAUAAUGCACAUCUUAUUUUGAUGAUGCACUUAAAAAUUAGAAAGAAGAAUUCUUAAAAUUAAUUGAACAAUAAAAUAAAUAAAUUGAAAUUCUCCAUUAAUAAUAAUAAAUUAUAUUACAUCAAUAGAGAAUGAAACAACAAGAUUAUGAAACAUAAUUAUGUUAAAUUAAAAAUUAAUUAAAAUAGUAAAUUAAUAGUAAAUGUAAAGAAAUUUUCAAUAAAAUUUAAAAAUAAUAAUAGUCUGAUUUUCAAUUAUUAGAAGCAGAAAUUGCCAAACUUUCUUAAUUAAUUAAUUAAUCCUCAAAUCUAACUAAAAUUAAACUAUCUUCUAGUGGAAAAGAGAAUUAAUUAUAACAACUUUAAGAUAAAUAAAUAUAACAUUUAGAAUAUAAUAAUAAUUCUUUAGUAAACUCUGAUUUAUACAUUAAAAAAUUUAACUUUGAAUCCAUCAAUCAAAAAACAAAUGAUCUUAAAUUACCUGAGCAUAUUAGUGUUUUAUUGAAUUCAAAUAAUUAAUCAAAUAGUGAAAUUUAAGAAAUAGAACUUAUUUAAUCAGAAUUAACUUUAUUUAAUGCUUCAAAUCAAUUAAAAUAAGAUAUUAUAUAAGAAAAUAUGCCAUCUCCAUUAAAAACAAUAAUCACAAAAAGAAAGGAUUAAUAGGGAUUUGAUAAAUAAGAUUCUCCAUUUAAAAAUCUUAAUGAUUAAGAUAUGUUAGAUAGUCUAGAUGAUAUUAUUGUUUAAGAUUCUACAUAAUAAUAAUAAUUAUUAUCAAAUAAAAAUGAAUUCAAUCUUCUUAAAUGUAAAAAAAUUCCUUUAUAUUUUAGCUUAAGGAAUGUCUGUCAUACAAGAAGAUGAAGAUGAUGAUGAAGAAUUAAUCUAUCAAAUUGAUGAAAAUGGAUUUAUUCUCACUUAAGAUGGACAUCCAUUAAUUGAUGAAAAAGGAAAAAGAAUUUAACUUACAAAAUAAGAAAUGUAAUUUUAUAAAGUUUAAACACUUAAUUGA